AGCUGUUUCAGUCCAAUUUGUUUUAAAAUAUAGUUUUAUCAAGAAAAAGUUUUUUAAAAAGAACAAAAUCCAAUGAAAGAAAAUGAUAUUAUCACAGUGGCAUCUCUGCUCUCACCAGUGAUCAGCAGUGUGAUAUUUGCUCCAUGAGGACAGAGAAAUAAGCAUGAAGCCCCUGCACUAACUGUUCUCACUGCAGCUGAGGAGCCGUGGCGUGUCACAGCUGGACAAAGGCACCUCUACCUAUGGCAGGGGUGGAGAUCUGAGAGCUGAUGCUUUUUGCCCAGGCAGUGUAUUACUCUCAGCUCCACGACAAGCACAGCAGCUUUGGCAUCACUUCAUUUGUGCAGUUUCACUCAGACUAGUAAGUUCUCCAAGCACCGUAACUAAGCUAGGAAGGUGUACAUAAAAGACAAGUGCCAUGAAUCAGACCAUAGAAGUGCCGACAGAAGGGAACUCCCUGAUCACAGCUGUCUAUCAGAGUCGACUACGCCUCACCAGGCUGUUGUUGGAAGGUGGGGUCUACAUCAAUGAAAGUAACAAUAGAGGUGAAACCCCCUUAAUGAUUGCCUGUAGGACAAGGCAUUCAGACUCUCAGAGUGUCAGCAAGGCAAGGAUGGUUAAAUAUCUACUGGAAAACAAGGCAGAUCCAAACAUCCAGGACAAAUCUGGAAAGACAGCCUUGAUGCAUGCUUGCCUAGGAAAAGCGGGGCCUGAGGUGGUUUCUCUGCUGCUGAAAAGUGGAGCUGACCCAAGCCUACAAGAUCACUCUGACUGCUCUGCGCUGGUGUACGCAAUACACUCUGAAGACAGAGAGACUCUGAGAAUUCUUCUCAAUGCCUGUAGAGCAAGAGGAAAGGAGGUUAUCAUAAUCACAACAGAGAAGUCUCCAUCAGGAAGGCUGACAACAAAACAGUACUUAAACGUGCCUCCUCCAGAACUUGAGGUAUGCCACUCUCCAGUUUCCUCCAUUGCCCCAUCGAAAAUAGAAAUGACAUUAUCACCCCCACUUUCAAGCUCAAAUGAAACUAAAAGGGCACACUUCAGCUUCAGUGAUCUGGAGCAUCCCGAACACAGUGACCCUUCUCAGCUAGUUUCACCAAGAAAUUCAAGUUCAUCAGGCAUGGGACCCAAGCUGACACAUUUGCAGCAACUUCAGUCUGAGCCGUGGGUAAAGCGCUCUACUUCCUCGUUUCACCAGAAUAAGAUUUCCAAUCUACGUGGAGAGCUCCAGGAUAUAACUCCAGAAGAAAAGCUCUCUUCCAAAGCCAGUGGCUUUGCCUUAUCAAAGAAGUUUGUUAACAGGCUCCAAAAUAUUGACAUAAAAGACACUGCUAAUUUACUGAAAAGUGCUGCUCAAAGUAGAUCAAAGAAAUUAUACAAGGUGAUAAACACUCAGACUUGUAGUGAAGAGGAGCAUCUUCCCAGUGAGAUCCUUGGGGGUGAGGAUGAGAAUUCUAGUUUGGGACCAACCAGCUUAAUUUCAAACCUACGCAGUAUUAUUAAAAAAAGAAGCUUAGGAGCAAAUCAUCACAGCGCUCAUUCUCAGUUAACUACUGCUCUACAUCCUGCUGCUGCAGAAGACAGUAAGUCAGUGAUAGGAAAGAAGAAGUCUGUGUCUCCAACUCACUCUUUGUUUCCAAGUUCUAGAGAUUUACUGGAGAAAAUACCUUCUGUUCCCAGGAGAAGAAAAAAUGAGACUUUUCCAGAAAGACAGGGUUCAGGAGCCUUUCUGCUGGAUAACAGUGCUCGGGCAAGACCAGCUUUUCUUCCACCGCUCAAUGUGAAUCUGCAGCCCCCAAUUCCGGAUGUUAAUUUCUUACAUAAGAAAUUACCCUAGAAACCUUAUGGGCAAAAACAAUACCAGCAGCACCUGCUUCCCUUAGCAAGACCAAAAAUACAAAAAAGCUACAAAGGAAGCAGUCAUUACAGACUUAGCAGAUUAGGCAAUUAGUGAAUUUUUGACAGGAGAUUGAAGAGUUAUAAAAUGUUUACAAUGUGUACAGACUCACUGCUCUACCUAACUGUAAAAGAUGGCAGAUCUGUGAUGUAGGACUCUCAGCCUCAGAAUGAAUUAAAUGGCUUAGGUACUACAUCAAAAGAUAUACUUACCCAUCUAAUGAAUUAAUUAAAUGAUGUUGCUUUCUGCAGACUGAGGAAUAUUUAUUAUAUGCUCUUAAUUUCAGCUUUAGCACUGAAGCCUUACCCACAUCAGUCUGAAUGUAUGAGGGAUAUUAGGCGAUGCAGUUCUCAGUUCUAGGUUGCAAGUUUUGCCCAAACACUGCCUUGUUUUUCCAUCCAGACAAGUUGUACAAAUGAAAUUUGGGAACCUGGAACAUUUGACUUUGAUGCUGGACAUGAGAGUUUUGUGAUAUCCAGACAUUCCAGACACGAGCCUGUGCUUGAAGGGUGGGCAGUGAUGGGUGCCAACAGGCAACAUCCUCUUGCUUCAGUGAAUUUACUGCUUGUAAACAGACAAUACACAGACUAUAAAUGAAAACAGAUGUUACAAAGCUAUGCUGUAUGCGUAGCUUCACUUGAGAAAUUCCAGAUGAAGACUGGGAAUCUGCUCGAUGUGCCCACUGGGAAUCGGCACAGUACACAGACCUCCGAGCGCUGCAGCUGGGCAUUCAGCAUCUGACAGCAGUCCAGCAAGGAGCCAUGAGGCCAGCAGAGUGCCUGAGUGGUGCUCUCGCUUCUCAUCUAAAAUGACCAAACCCUGCUUGCAGCACCAGGUAGCCACGUCCAUCAACAUGGGCUUCUCAGGCUGUCUGCUGGAGUUCACUGAUUAAAACAAGGAUGGGUGGGGGAGGUAAAGGCUCUGUCAAAAUGGAGCUGUUACUUGCAGCUUCAGGCAGAACACGUGGGACCCUGUCCUCCCCAUACGCGUGUUUCUUCUCUACACAAGAUGCAGGUGGAGGAAGGUAUCACAUACCUUUCCUCGCCUGGGAGCAAGGGUGAGCUCUGUCCUGCUCUCACAUAUUAAAAGAAAAUAAUAAUAAUUUAAAAAAUCCAACAAUGGGGAUAUUCACCUGGGAGCUGGAAGACCUCAUCUUGCCUAAUUUGAAGCAAGAGUAUGAGUUUGCUACAGGUCAGAAACAUGCUUUGCCUCUAAGAUAAUUCAUAUAUAUUUUUAAUCGUUUCUAUCAAAGAUGUGCUUUUCCUUCCUGUUUGGUGUUUUGUGGUUCCAGACAUCUAUCUUGCAUUUGUGUAUGUUCUGUAGAUGAUUUAUGGCAUCAAAUCUAACACUUAAUAACUUGUCUUCUAAAGCUUGAGAAGUAUUUAAUGUGCUCUCUUUCGCCAAUAUUUACCAAAAACAAACAAACAAACAAAAAAGCCAUCUGUAUUGGUGUCUGUAUAACCUGAAUUUCUGUAUGGCAAAAUGAGGUGCCCUUUCCUAAAAAUACUGUGGGUGUUAUCUGUUGUCUUCUGGAUUCUGUCAAAAUUCACUCUGCUCUGUUGCCUAAUGAAUAGCUGUAUGAGUAGUGAUGUUGUUUAGUCUUGCUCUUACUAUAAGACAGUUUCAAGUAAAUA